UAUACCAGUAUCUAGAUAACGUUCGAGCUUGUCACUAAAUACAGCUGAAUCAGGCGAGGUUGCUAGAAGACUUAGCAAAUCAGGGCUUAAACAUGCAGAGCUGCUGUCCUGGAAGCUCUGUGGGCUAUCAGCGGCGUCCAGGAUUGCAAGCUGGAGGGCGUCUGCCCUGUCGCGUUACACGACAACCGACUUACGGGUGCUGGCGUGGCAAGGGCGCAACCGGCAGCCUUCAACAAGUUGCCAGCAGCCCCAGCAAUUCAUUUCAACGCGAUGAGGGUGAUUUAGGAGCGCCUGCCAAGCGGCAAGGCGAAACUGACGGAUUGAGCGUUUCGGGUGCACGUGACAUGCAAAGCUCAGAGCAGACACACAUCCUUGACAAGGGACUACUUGCACGGCAAAUGAAGAUUACUGCAGCAGCAGCGCUAGCUGGAAUGGCGGCCGAGGGACGUGACAGUAGCAUGGGUCAUGCGAGCCCUAGCCACAUGCCUACGCCACCCUCGCGCCUCUCCAGCCAAGCCGAAGGCUCGAACGAGUUCCACGUCUUUGGCGUUCUAGAUGCUGCUUACAUCGACACUCAAUCGGCAAGCCAUUUCCUAUCACAGCUGGCCAUGCAAAAUUCUCGGAGCAGUCCCCUAACAGUGGAGGAACUGCUCCACGCGGCCCGCAUCGCCGGCAUCACCGGCCUCUCCCUGCCGCCCGCCCUAGCGGCUCAGCUGCAAGACCUAAUGCAAGCCCCCGAGCCCCAAGCCGCCCGCACCUCCGUCCUGCCGCUUCUGACCGCCUUCCGCCACAACCUUCCAGCGCUACUGGAGGUGCUGCGCUCGCUGCAGGUUACCCCAUCGCUCGCUUGGGUUGAUUACGCCCUGAACACUUGGCUCCAUGGGGGCAGCAGCAACAGCAGCAACGGUAACGGAACCGACAACGGCAGCGGUGAAGAUACCGAAGCGGCGGCUCCAGCGGUAGUGGCUGGGGCUCCUGACUUGGCGAUUGCAGAUGUACGAGCGCUGAUGACGCAGCUAGAGGCCAUGUACCUACCCCAUGUGGAUCCCGGUACCGAGCCGGCCGCAGGUCCUGUCGUACAGUCGCCGCCAAGCACUAUCAGCACCGCCACCACCGCCACCACCGCCUCCGCCACAGUUUCGAAGCUGGAGUCCUGGCUAGACACCUGCAUCGCCCGCUUGCUUGACGGCGGAGGCCUGAUGGAGCCACGUCAGCGGGAGGAGUUGUACGACACGUUGCCGUACCUGGCGACGGCGCCGUCAGCGGCCGCCGUGGAGAGACUGUACGGCGAGGCUUGGCCGCCCGGGGGCACGUCGACAUCGGUGGAGGCGCUGAGCGGGUUGCUUUGGUUGGUGGCGGCGUCAGGCGCUCAACUCGAACCCGAGGACAUCCAACAGGAACUCCGACGUCUGGAGUUUUCCGUGGCGCACAUUGCCGCGUACGGCAGACCAUGGAGCACCCAACCGUCAACCUCCAACAACAACCUCAACGGUCCAACGGACAGCUCCUCCUCUUCCUCCUCUUUCAACCAUGGCGAUUUCAACGGCCAACCGCCAACCACCAACAAAUCUGAGGACAUGGCAGCGGCCGCGGCGGCACUUUCCGCAGCCUUUGCGUUGCCUUCUGCUCAGGGCUCCGACGGCUUCCUGGCCUCCUCCUCCUCAUCUCUUUCCUCCUCCACAACGCCCCCCGCCCUUCCGCCCACAUCCUCCUCCUGGCCUGGGUUCUUCCCUCCGUACACCGCCUACCGCGCCCUGUGGGCCUUCCACCACUAUCGACACAAUCUCCACCCCGCCAACGCGGCAUGGGUGGGAUCCGCCCUGCUCACCGCAGCCCUUGCUGGCUCCCGCUACUUUCCCUACACCCUGCAACAGCAGCACGCGCAGCGGCUAAGGCAGCAGCAUCAGAUCCUGAGUGCACGGCAGCGCUGCCGUGUGUUUCGUGCCUGCCUGCUGUGCUUCCCAAGCGUCCAGGCGCAGCUUCUGACACAUCACGACCUGUCGCCGCUGUUUGCCGGCUGGCAGCAGCUGAGCGCGAGCGAGCUCUUUGCGUUGCUGGAAGACGUGGCGACGUUAGCAAGGAAGCGUCAGCAGCUGCGCCGUACAUCUGACGCAGCGGAUGACGGCAUGAACGACAGUGACGUGGGAGGAGGUGGAGGUGGCGGGCAGUUGCAGUUGGGGCAUCUCGCGGCGCACGUUGUACAACUACCCGGGUGGCCGGAACGGUUGAUGGGGGUAGGCUUGGGGCCGGUCAUGGGCUCCGUUGCGAGCUUGAUGACGGUUCUGGGGCUGAGCUACGUGGAGGGAGAUGGAGACUCGGCAGCGGAGUGGCUUGUCGGUGCUGGUGCUGCUGCCGACGACGUUAAAGCUGACGGCGUUAACGCUGAUGACAGCAGCGGCAGCAGCAGCGCGGACGGAGCUUUCGGAGGCUCACCGCAGUAUGCUCAGGAGCUGCUGUCUAGCUGGCUGCAGUGCUUGAUGCCCUCGCUGCGGAGUGCGGUUAAGGAGGCCACGGGCGGCGGUUGGGGAGGCUCGUCGUCGUCCUCCUCCUCCUCCUCCUCCUCCUCGUCUGCCUCUGGUCAGCCUAGCGGCAGCGGGACCGUGGGCAGUGGCUUUUGGAACCCGGGAGAUCAGCACCCGCAGCACCCGCAGCAGCAGCACCAACAUGUGUACUACCAAGGCACGUCACAGUACGGUGGCUUUGGCGCUUCUCCUCCUGUUUGGCAAUCUACAACCACGACUUGGGAGGAGGAGGAGCCCGCCGCCGUGGGUAGCCCCCUGGCCCGGACUCCCUCUCCCUCGGCCGCGAGCUGGCCCAUGUCUGACACAGCAGCAGCCGCGGCGGCGGCAGAAAGCCUGCCUGCAGGCGUCGGCAUGAACGGCGGCGCCUUUUCCUGGUCUUCUUCUUCUUCUCCCUCGCCUUCGCCGUUGCCGCAGCCGGCGAUGAUGGCAGGUGGCAUGACGGCAACGGCGGCUGCAGCGCCGCCGCCGCCACUGACGGCCGUGGAGUUGACGGCGGCGCUGAAGACGCUUCGCAGUGCGGCAACGGCAUUGGAAAACGCCCACCAAGUGCAUCAUUUGCACUCGCAUCAAGAUCUCCGUCGUACAUUGAUGUGGGCGAUGCAGCGGCUGGGCGCGAGGGCGGGCCGGUGUGUCGUACACCCCGCGGACUUUGGUCGCGUGCCCGAGAUGCUGAACUGGAUGGACGCGCUGGGCUGGGUCGACGUGCCGCUGCAGUGGGCGGAGUCCGUUGUACGGCAUUCCGAGGAGAAUCCAGCCGAAGGCGAUUCUUGGUUUCGGAACAUGUCAUGGCAGGACGCCCUAGGUGCCGUACUGGCCUCCGGGCAGCUGGUGCAACGUGCUCGAGCGGGGAUGCUGCGACGACAUGGCGUAUUGUCAUCGUCAUCAUCAUCGUCGUCCUCGUCGGGUGUUGAGUACGACAAUGCUGACUCAGCGUCGUCGUUGUCGUACAGUAUUCCCUCUCAGUCCCUUCCAGCCUCGGGACCUCCAUCGGGAUCUUCUUCUGCGUCGCAAUCCAAGGCAGAAGCUCUCCAUGCGGCCGCCCAAAAGCUCCGAGCCCACAUGCUGCGUCUGCUGAAGACCCGCGCAGCCGCAUCAAGUACGGCAGAUCUACGGCAGUUGGCUCUGACGUGGCAAGUGUACGACAUGGCGUACGACAAGGAGGCUCUGAGUGCGACGUUGAAGGCAUUGUACGACGUGUUGAUGGGCCGGCGGCGAGCUGACAUCGGCGGCAGCGAUGCUGAUUUUGACGGUUGGGGCGGGUUUGGAGGUGGGGUGGGUAUGAACAGUGGUCCUGUGUUUGAUGCGGUCAUGAGGCUGCAGGCGCUUUGCCGGGAGAGAGGGGCUGCGCAGGAGGAGGUGGACGGGCUGUUUGAGGCCUGGUGGUGAGAGCAGAGUACGGUAGCUGUUUCUUUUGGUGAGUUUAAGAGUUGUUUUUUGCAGCUAAUUUUGGGGGGUUUGGCUGCCAAAGCUGACAUUGCUCAUAUCGUGGGAUGGAUGUGUAUGAUGUACCGAAAUGGCGUAGACAGGGCCGCUUCACACCCCCUUCUGGGACCCCUAGUUUGACCAAAUUUGAAUUCCACUUACAGGAAACUUGGUCAAAGGUCCCAUAGUAUACACAAGCAAUUUCUUUUACCCAAUAUUAAAGGGGAGUUUAUGUGAAGUACCCGUCUAUCAGCCUGUGUCAAUCGGUCCUUACCCAGUUGUUCAAGGGGCCUCUUAGGCGUUGUAGCUCUUCCAUGGAACGCUGUAGCUCUUUCGUGGGACGUCGAAGCUCUGAUCGUGGUGCAUCAUCAUGCGUUGCUCGUGUUCUAAUCCUACAGUGCAUGGUGUUCGAGAUUGAGAUCCGGAUCCUGUUGUUCGCUAGUCGUAGCAAUCCGCUGACUCAAGAUGUAUGGGUCAUUUUGGAGCGGAUUUUCGUCCGCGCUUUCCCACAGCCAUGCCCAACAGAAGGGCAAUGGGUGUUGGCACCUAGCCGCGUGCCUUAACCUCGACACCAAGACCUAUUCCUGCACGCAGGAAUGACUUGGCUCAGCAAAAUGGCAGGUGUUUGUGAUGCCGUAUUUCUUCUUUCGGAGCUGUGUGGAUGCCUGGAUUCGGCAAGAGUGCGAUUUGGCUGCUGGGUGAAGGACGCUUUUUGUAGCUGUCGGCUGGAGUACGGUCCCAUACUUGCUGUCGCGCUGCUUAAGAGAUCUGGCGAAGGGCUGUAUGUAUUGCUAGGUGUCCGUCGAGCCAGAAUAAGAUCGGGUUUUGACGGAAUUGCUUAUCCACUGGAGCAUGCAAGGGAAUUGCUGCUGGUGUUCCUUUCCAUGCUGCCUGUUGCUGCUGCUGAUAAUAAUGAAUUUCCGCUCCGUUGGGAUCACAUCGAGGAUCAGGUCUGUUACAUGAUAGCGCUUGUUGCUUUGAGAAGAGAGAAAGACGGGUGGGAUGUGGAGAUGUUUUCAGUUGCUCACCUUCACCCACCAUUUAUUGUUGCGAUGUUGCCACCCAAGCGCAACCCAUGAUUGACAUACCGGUGACUUGGGCGGAGUUUUGGCACAACCGUACGGAAAACCCCUGCAACAUUGUUGCUUGCUUUGCUCUGGACUAUUGUUGCAUGUUUCUGUUGGUGACUGUAUUGGGCACGGUGUGCAUGAUGUUGAGUGCCGGAUGAGGCAAGGCAAAAUAUGGUGUGAUGGCAUGACGGAGUGAAGAGAGUGAAAGCGGGCGGCGUGAGUAUCCAGGUUAGGCAUGCACCACCGGACGCGACGCAUGGGCUGGCCGUUAACAUGCCUGAAUGGCAGUUGUGGCGACAGUUGCAGGUUUUACUUGCGGUUAUAAGGUGCUUGAUGUUAAGAGUCAGGACAGCAGCCAUUGCUGUUGCUAAACCCCUCCCGCAGAGGUCAACAGCAAGGCUGCGUUGAGGUCGUGGAAAUCGAUGUCUAGCUUCUUCCACCUACUACAUUCCUGACUACAAUACCGACGUUUUACCCUGCGCGAGGAGGCGUGGCAGGACGUAAUGUAGCCGAUGUAUGCCGUACUUGUAACACUGCACACACAUA